AUGAGCGCCGGCGCCGGCGAUAACAGAGUGAAGGGGUCGUGGAGUCCACAGGAGGACGCGACUCUGAUCAAGCUCGUGGCGGAGCACGGCCCGCGCAACUGGUCAUUGAUCAGCUCCGGUAUUCCAGGUAGGUCAGGUAAGUCGUGUAGGCUGCGGUGGUGCAACCAGCUCAGCCCCGACGUGCAGCACAAGCCCUUCACGCCGGCGGAGGACGCGGCUAUUGUUACAGCCCACGCGCUCCACGGCAACAAGUGGGCCACAAUCGCUCGGCUCCUUCCUGGACGUACCGACAAUGCGAUCAAGAACCACUGGAACUCCACACUCCGGCGGAGAAGGCUGGCCGAGUCGAGCUCGACUUCGUCGGAGUCCAUGAAGCGGUUGAUCGUCGGCGGCGGCGGCGCGGAGCCGGAGAUGAAGCGGCAGUGUUUGCGUGGGGCGGAGGAGGAGAGUGGUUUCAAAGCGGAAGUGGAGGAGGAAGAGGAGAAUGAGGAGCAUCAAGAGGAGGCGGUGGAUGACGGGGAGAAAUGUACGGUGGAGAUGGAGGAGACGUGUUUGAUGAGCAUGAUGCAGAGGAUGAUAGCCCAGGAGGUGAGGAACUACAUCGAGAGCUUACGGGCCGAGAAUGGGCUUGCGUUUGGGCUUCAGUCGGCGGUCCAUGAUCCGAAAUGUUGA